AUGCCAAACUCCACGCCCCUGGUCUCCACGCCGGCGCCGGAGCAUGCCGCCGCCGCCGAGGAUGCCAGCGGUGGUGGCACGAGCUACGACGAGGCCGCAGGCAUGCUGUGUCACUACAGCAACAACGCCAAGAGGGCGCCGCCGCGGCUGGAACUCAAGGUCGACGCGCCCUUGCUACGACUGAUCAAAUUCAUGCGAUCCGCCGCGGCUGGAACUCAAGUUGCCGUCUCUCGGGCUGAGGAUGAGGAGCUGGGAGAGCCGGCGAAGAAGAGGAUGGGCCGCAGAAGGCUGGGGAAGGUGGCCGUGCGGUUGCUCCAGCUCGGCCCUCACAACAUCGUUCGAACAGAUGAGGUCGAAAUCUUCGCCAAGUUCCUGUACAAGAAGCCCAAGAAGAUCGUGUGCCAGAUACGGGCCAUACGGCACGUGCGCGACGUGUUCAUCAAGAUCAACAUCCUCUGCUCCAACAUAAAGACCAUGGAAGCGUGUUUCAACGACGCGAGAUUCGAUACCCUGAGAAUCCAGGUUAAAUCUUCGUCGGAGCAAUACCGUGCUGAUCCACCUCCACCAGGAAUGCAUCUUCCAUGGCGGCGGAUCGCAGAUGUUACAGAAAAGACUUUCUUCCUCCAGUUUGAGAAGGGAACUCUGGAGAGGAGCUACGGCAAAAUGCUGUACACACAUCCUUCCCUGAUUCUGCUACCAUUGCCUCGUGCCAGUAACGAAGGGGAUGAACAAGAAGCCCAAGCAACAACCGCCCAACAAACUCACAUGAUCAGAGCCGCCGUUCCCGUUCCCCCAUCUGUUGAAGCGGUGAUGACAAGCACGAGGAUGAUAGGCUCAACAUACACAGGAGCCAAUUUUGCGGCGCAUGAGCACCAGGGGUACUUACGAUUCGACUGA